CGGCAGACGCUUGAAGUGUGUGAGCAGCCAACCACUCCUAAAUUAAUCGCAGUUUCUAACCCUGGAAGGAUAACCUUUUGGGGAGUUAAGUAUAGCAUGCUCGUCAUUGUUUGAACUCAUAUAAUAUAUAUCUAUUUAGGUUCUCGUAGGUCGAUUUAUCUUGUUUCCUGUUCGAGGUAUUUAAAGUGGAAUUUACAGUAGACGUUUGAGUCCUGGUAUAUUCGGUGAAACAUUUCUGGCAUCAUUUAAAAUCCAACACCUACCCUAGCUAGCCACCAUGCCAUUCCCAUUUGGGAAGUCUCAGAAGAGCCCGGCAGAGAUAGUCAAGAGUCUAAAGGAGCAUGUGGCAUACUUGGAGAAGCUGGAAGCAUCUGAAAGCAAGAAAUGUGAAAAGGUUGCAGAGGAAGUAUCAAAAAAUCUAGCGUCGUUGAAAGAGGUGCUGUCUGGCACUGGAGACAAGGAGCCUCAGACAGAAGCUGUGGCCCAACUGGCUCAAGAGUUGUACAACACCAACCUCCUCAUUUCCCUCAUAGCAAAUCUACAGAGGAUUGAUUUUGAGGGAAAGAAGGAUGUGGUGCAUCUGUUUAGCAACAUAGUACGUCGCCAGAUUGGCUCUCGCACCCCAACUGUGGAGUACAUCUCUUCUCACUCACAGAUCCUCUUCAUGCUGUUAAAUGGCUAUGAAACUCCAGAAGUGGCUCUUAAUUGUGGCAUGAUGCUGAGGGAAUGUCUCCGCCAUGAACCUCUGGCCCGAACUGUUUUGUUUUCUGAGGAAUUCUUUUCAUUCUUUAGUUAUGUGGAGCUAUCUACCUUCGACAUUGCCUCAGAUGCAUUUGCCUCCUUCAAGGAUCUCCUGACUAGACACAAGAUCAUGUGUGCAGAUUUCUUGGAAACAAAUUAUGACCGAGUGUUCACAGAGUAUGAAAAGCUGCUGCAUUCUGAGAAUUAUGUCACCAAGCGUCAGUCUCUAAAGCUCCUUGGAGAAUUGCUGCUGGACAGACACAACUUUACAGUCAUGACUAAAUUCAUCAGUCGAGCUGAGAACCUGAAGCUGAUGAUGAACAUGUUGAGAGACAACAGCCGCAACAUCCAGUUUGAAGCCUUUCAUGUUUUUAAGGUGUUUGUGGCUAACCCUAAUAAGACACAACCUGUGCUGGACAUCCUUCUCAAGAACCAGUCCAAGCUGGUGGACUUUCUGAGCCACUUUCAGACAGACCGUUCUGAGGACGAGCAGUUCUGUGAUGAGAAGAACUAUCUCGUUAAGCAAAUUCGGGACCUCAAACGGCCUGCACCUCCAGAGGAGUCCUAAUAGAAGAAAAUGGGAACAUCGAACCACAGACUUUGUCUAGUAAUGUGGUUUAUGUGGGUGAGAAUUAGAUGGGAGGGAAAACGAAAUAAGUCAAAGGAAGUAGGAAAGGCAUAGCUUGGACUAAAUCUCUUUACAUCCAGCCUCUGAAAUGGGUAGAGAAGAUGUUAGUAUGUGCAAACUGCAUUUUUCCCUGUACUGGGGGGCAAUCAGGCUUUUGCCAUCAAAAGUGGAACAAGUGGAACCCAAGCACUCCAUUUAUACCCCAAAUAAAAAUAUAUUAAAUAGCAAUAUUGAUAAUUCUAAGACAAUUGUUAGUGCCCUGCAAAGUAAUUUCCUAUAGUCACAGAUUUAAUAGUACAUCUUUGCAAACUUUUACCAAUAUACUUCUUAUUAAUCUUUACUGUAUGGCUUGGCAAAUUUGCACUAAAUCUGGUAGCUUUGCUCCAGGUCCACCAUUAGUGCCAGACUCUUAGCAUGUGAAAGAAAACAAAAUGCUAAAGAAAGCAUUUUAAAAUUUUUAAAUGUUGCAAAAAACAAACAAACAAACAAACUAUACAUUAACUCAUUCAACUAGAUAAAAUUACGUGUUUAACCUAGUUGGGAAAAUUACAGCAUUUCAGUAGAGUAUCUCCAGAAAAUGUGUCUUAUGGUCCAAUAAAGCGAGACCUUAUAUUUGUUAAAAAAUUAAUAAAUAGAAAAUAACCCAUAGAGUUUAGUUGUUGGAUGCUGCACUCAAUUUUCAUUUUAAUUGGAUGACUUAUUUAAGUAGCUUGGUCAUUCUGGGUCUUCUAUUACAUGAAUCUAUAUGAAACUAUUAUUUGAAUCUAUUAUAUUUAUCUACAACAUUGGAUAUGUAGUAGUAUUCUGCUUUUGCUUGGGUUAACACCUUAGGAAGACUAGUUUUUAUUUCAGUUU